AAUAUUUAAUAAUGUUCACACAAAAAUUAUUACAAAAGAACAAAAUCUUUCAUUUAAAGUCAAAUUAUAUGUUAAAAAGAUAUCUGAAAGAAGCAACAGCUACUGGAUUAACACAUGAGAACAUUCUGUUUGAACCUCAUGCUAAGAAGAAACCACAAAGAGAACCUUUUAUAAAAUGUUUGAUUGCAAAAACAUUUAGUGAAGAAUUGUUUGCUUAUCCUGAGACACAUCCUUAUAGGUAUCAGAAUUUUGUUGAUUGGUUAAAACCAAUAGAAAGUUAUAUAUUAAGUUGUGUUAAUAAUGAUAUAUUGGAUAAGAAGGAGAUAUUAGAUCAACUUAGAGAACUUGAAGUAUUUCGAGCCCAUAUUGAUGAAGGUAAUCGUGGUUUAAACUUCUCAAAGACAGAAUCAUUGAAAUUAAUAGAAACACUUAGUAUAUUGCCUUGGUUAGGCACCUAUAUAGUAAAAAAUCAUAUCUUACCCAUUGAAAUAAUUUUCAAAUAUGGAGCAAAGGAACAAAUGUUUAAAUAUUAUCCAAAAAUUAUGAGUGGUGAAAUAACUCCUACAAUAUGCAUAAAUGAAGGAGACUAUGGGACAAAUAUUAACAAUAUUAAAAGCUACAUUGUAACAGAAACAGAAGAUACGUGGUUACUAAAUGGUGAAAAAACAUUUGUUGUUAAUGGAAUAAAUUCUAAUCUUUUCUUAGUUAUAGCAAGGGAUACAGGUAGUAGGUGGUUAGAUUCACCUGAUUCAUUCUCCUUACUCUUAGUUGAACGUGAUUUUGAAGGUGUGACUUGUAAUAAUGUCUGUGAGGCAAUUGGCAGACAUGACACAUCUACCUGUACAAUUUGUUUUAAAGAUACAGUAAUACCUACUGAAAACAUUAUUGGCAAGCCAGGAAGUGCAUUUCCUAUAUUAUUAGAAUAUUUAAAACCUGGAAAUCAAAAUGUAACAGCACAGGCUAUCAGUAUUUUACGAAAUUUUACAAACCAAUUAAUAGUAGAUAUCUUUAACAUAAAACAUUUUGAUAAAAAUUUAUAUGAAUUUGAUAUUGCAAAAAAGAUUUUAGGAGAAAUAACAUUUUCUCUAUAUUCUAUGGAAAGUGUGGCAUAUCUGACAAGUGGAAUAAUUGAUAAAUAUGAGAAUCAAAAUGCUGAAAUAGAGCAAAUUAUUACUGAAACAUAUUGUGCAAAUAAAUGUUUGAGCUGUAUUCAAGCAGGAUUACAGUUAAUUGGUGCAAGAAGUUGUUUGCAUAAUAAACUAUAUACACAAGCAUUUCAUGAUGCUUUAGCUUUAACAACAAUGGAUGCAAAUAAUCUAGAUGCACUUACAUAUGUAGCAGUGAAUAUUUUAAAAGAUAUUGGAAAAGAAUCACAUACCCAUGUGCACAAGAAAAGAAACAUGCAGAAAUAUCCUAUAUAUAAUAUAAUAGAUUCAAUAUUUAAAAAGCAAAACUCAGUUACAUCUAUUUCAAAGUAUCUUCAUCCAUCAUUGGAAUAUGGUGCACAGCAUUUAGAAGAUACUAUAAAUCUCUUAAGUGAUGGUGUUGCAAGGAUAUUAAUACGCAAUGGAUCAGAAAUUGUAGAUAAAUUUACAGAGCUGCAGAAAAUAACUGAAAUGCUAACAGAAAUAUAUGUAGUAUAUGCUAAUUUGACACGUUCAUCAAGAUCAUACAGUAUUGGUGUUCGAAAUGCAGAUAUUGAAAAAAAUAUAGGAGUUAAUGCUGCAUAUAUAACACACAAUAAAAUACAUUCAAUUGUAUCAGAUAUAGAACGUGGACCAGUUCAUAAUGGUGACUAUGGUUAUAUAAACACAAUGGAGUUUUUGUAUGGAAAGCGUAAAUAUCCUAUAGAACACCCUAUGACCAGGACAUACUAA